AUGAGUGACUUAUUCAACCUCGACCUUCAACGGACUCGUCUCUCCCGCCGCCACGGGGCCGAAGCCGGCUCCGCUCCGGCGCCCACCCUCCCAGAGCUCUCGGCCAUUCAAGCCGCCGAAGCCAAGCUUCCGCAUCCCGAUUCGGACAGUUAUCUUCAAGGUGUCGCACAGGAAGAUGUUGUGCGUCACAUCAUUCAGGACGUUGUUCCUGCGUGUAACGGCCAGGGCAGCUCAUCCCGCUACUAUGGAUUCGUCACGGGUGGUACGCUCCCUAUCGCUGAGUGGGCGGAUAAUGUAGUCACUCGCCUGGACCAGAAUGUUCAGGUCCAUCUGCCCGCGCAGACUAUCGCUACGACGCUGGAGGAUUCGGCGUUGGAGAUGCUCGUUUCGCUGCUGAAGCUGGGGGGUUGGAAAGGUCGGACUUUCACGACUGGAGCUACGAGCAGCAAUGUGCUUGGACUCGCUUGUGGCAGGGAAGCCGUUCUGGAGAAGCGAGGACAGAGCAUUGGCGAGGUUGGAUUGUUGGCAGCGUGUCUCUCAGCCGGUGUCAAGGAGCUCCAAGUCCUCACGAGCGCAGGCCACAGCUCUUUGUCCAAGGCAGCCAGUGUAGUCGGCUUCGGACGAGCAUGUGUGAAGGAGCUGAGACUAAGCGACAGUGAGCCAUGGAGGUUGGACAUCGAUGCUCUGGAAAGAGAACUCCAGAAGAAAGACACGGCGAGUGUGAUUGCUUUGAGCGCUGGAGAAGUCAACACAGGUCGAUUUUCUUUGACGGGCGUUGAAGAGAUGCGAAGAGUCAGGGAGUUGGCGGACAAGUAUGGAGCAUGGAUCCACGUUGAUGGAGCCUUUGGCAUUUUUGCCCGUGUUCUUCCCGAGGAAGAUGAAUACAAGACUCUUCACAAGCGCGUGGAGGGUCUUGAGUUGGCUGACAGUAUUACUGUUGAUGGACACAAGCUUCUCAAUGUUCCUUACGACUGUGGCAUGUUCUUUACCCGAUCGCCUGCUAUUCUACAGUCCGUCUUUACCAACCCUAAUGCCGCGUAUCUCUCCUCGGGCGGUGUAUCCACCAUCCCCUCGCCUUUAAACAUCGGCCUCGAAAACUCACGUCGAUUCCGAGCCCUUCCAGCAUACGCCGUACUCCUUAGUGAAGGCCGGCCAGGAAUGGCGAACCUGUUAGGUAACGUGACCGCCUUAUCCCGUCAAGUGGCUGCUUUCCUCCGGGACUCGGAGCACUAUGACCUGCUCCCUGACGAUGGAGCUGGCUUGGAUGAGGUUUUCAUGAUUGUCUUGUUCCGUGCCAAGGACCCUAAGUUGAACGAUGAGUUGGUCCAGAAGAUCAACGAGACGAGACAGAUGUAUGUGAGCGGCACGAGCUGGAAGGGCGAGAAGGCUGUGCGCGUGGCUAUAUCUAACUGGAUGGUGGAUGUUGCCAAGGACUUCAAGGUGGUGACUUCUAUUCUGACCCAUGUGGCCGAGGGCAAAGAGUUCGAUAUUGAGAACUGUUAA